AUAAUCUAGGAGGCUUUUAACCUAUUGCAAAAUGGUCUAAGAACUCUUACUUGAAACGUGUGAUUAAAGCAUGAUAUUUCAAAAGUUUUAAUCGAUUUUAUACGUAGAAGUAAGGAUUUAAACAAUUUAAAGCCAUACAUUUAACUUUUCGUCUGUAUAAGCGUACGUGUGUGCAUAUUUUGUUGACAAAUAAUUUAUUAUCGCAUGAAUUUGACGUAACCAGGAAUUGAAACAAUUUCUCCUCGAUUCUUAGUCCACUGAAAUGUGAGAUGCAAAAGUUAAAGUUCCUGAAUAGCGUAAUUUAAUUAAUUAAUUGACAAAUCCUCUACGUGCAUGCAAACUUCCUGUGGUAAAUUCUGAAUUUAAAAUUUUCUCCCAUCGGAUGCACGAUGACAGUUUGAAUGAAAGUGUCAAUAAGUUAAGUUUUUGGUGAAAUAUCGACUUGAAAUUAUUUUUAAACAGUGGCUUAAUUCGAAGAAUGCUUAAUCUUUCAUCCGACACUCCUAAACCCUGAUAUUAAUCCGUGCUUCUUUCUAGGGUAAUUUCUUAUUGGUCAGUGUUUAGAGAAUGUCGGAUAAAGAUAAAAAGAAGGGUCCAAAGAAAGAGGAUGAAGCAAGCUAUGGUUUUUUAAAAGAUUUUUUAGCCGGUGGAAUUUCUGCUGCUAUAUCGAAAACAGCAGUUGCUCCAAUUGAAAGAGUUAAACUUAUUUUACAAGUUCAACAUGUGUCCAAACAGAUAUCAGAAGACAAAAGAUAUAAAGGCAUGGUGGACGCAUUUGUCCGAAUACCUAAAGAACAAGGUUUUUUGUCUUUCUGGCGAGGAAACUUGGCUAACGUAAUACGGUACUUUCCGACACAAGCGCUGAAUUUUGCUUUCAAAGACGUGUACAAAGGCAUAUUUUUAGAGGGAGUAGAUAAGAACAAGCAGUUUUGGCGUCAUUUUGCUGGAAAUUUAGCUUCAGGAGGUGCUGCUGGAGCAACAUCGCUAUGCUUCGUAUAUCCGUUGGAUUUUGCUAGAACAAGAUUAGCAGCUGACGUGGGAAAGGGCAAGGACAAGGAAUUUACAGGGCUGGUGAACUGUCUGAUCAAGACACUCAAGUCCGACGGUCCUAUGGGGCUUUAUCGAGGCUUCGUAGUGUCCGUUCAGGGCAUCAUCAUCUACCGCGCCACAUACUUCGGAUGCUUUGAUACGGCGCGCGACAUGUUACCCGAUCCUAAGAAUACAUCGCUUCUUAUUACUUGGAUGAUUGCUCAGACUGUAACUACAGUGGCCGGUAUUGCGUCGUAUCCCUUGGACACUGUCCGUCGUCGAAUGAUGAUGCAGUCCGGACGACCACUCAAUGAGCGCCAGUACAAGAGCACGGCGCAUUGUUGGGCGACCAUCCUCAAAACGGAGGGAGCCGGUGCUUUCUUUAAGGGCGCCUUCUCGAAUGUCCUGAGAGGCACGGGAGGAGCGUUUGUGCUUGUCUUGUAUGAUGAAAUAAAAAAAGUAUUAUAGAUUUUAUUACGGUUUCUAUUUUUAUAAAAAAAAAUACAGCCAAUAUCCCAUUUAGUUCGCCCUAAUUAUAUCGACCUAGCCAUUCCUACUUGUGUAGUAGGAUGUGGGUGCGGAUAAUUAGCUGCAGUGGAUGUACCUUUAUCAAGUGGUGAAAAAACUUGCUGUUAAGCUAACUAGUUGGGAAAAGUAUGUAAUCUCUCGAAAAUAAAACUGAUUGAAAUCA